GGAGGAGGUGGCAGAGCCCUGUCCCGGUCUCUCCCUGUCGGGCUGAUCAAAUAAUUGUCAUUACGGUUUCGGCUGUGACCCGUUAAAUGGGGUCUCAGGUGCCACUGGAACCCCGGGGCCGUGACUCGGGCCCCGUGUUCAGUGGGGUUGCUCCUGAAAUUAUCGAGGACACACUGAUCCACUUGGCCACGGAGAAUGAGCAGUACUUGAGUGAGCUGCCCGAGCAGGCUGGGUACUUCAAAGAGACACGGAUCGUGGAAUUUAUAUUCCUUUUAUCUGAAAAAUGGCACUUGGACCAAUCAACACGGUACCAGGCAGUGGAGUUACUUGAACGGUUUAUGAUCAAGCAGGUAAAACAGAUGUGUGAUGACAGAGGGAACGCUAAAGGUCGUGACCAAGGGCAGAGGAGCAGCUGGAGCUCUGUGAGGGAUCAGAUAACCAACACCUUUGUCCUGCGACUCGUGUCGUGUGUUCAGCUUGCCAGCAAACUCUCUCUGCACUACAGUAGAGUGACCAGUGACACAGCUUUAAAAUUUCUGCAAUCCUUAAAAUACUCCUACACUAAACAGGAACUGCUGGAGUCGGAGCUUGCUGUUUUAAACACUCUGCACUUUCACAUCAAUGUGUCAACUCCAUUGGCCUAUGUGGAAUUGCUUCUGGAGGUUCUAGGAUACAAUGGCUGCUUGCUUCCUGCCAAACCCUUACACCAGCUGUGUGUGCAGCUGCUGGACUUCUGCUACCUGACCAGAGAGACCAUCUAUGACACUUUGCUGAAAGUCGCCAUUGAAAACUCCACACCAAGCAAACUGCAGAUAGCUAGGUUUUUAACAGUGAAGGAAGAUUUCAUGCUCUUGGCUGUUGGAGUCAUCAGUACAGGUGUGUUCAUCCUGAGCCCUGGGCACUGGGAGCAGGUUGUGGAGCAUUUAAACUGCAUCACUGGCAUUUCUCCACAAAGUAUCCUGGAGUUCUCCUAUGCUGUGGUGAGGCGCAUAGUUGGCAGCACUGCAUCAGAGCAGCACCGUGGGAACUGUGCAACCAAAUCUCCUGAGGACAGAAUUCUGCCUCAGAAAUAGAAUCACCCUGUCCAUUCAGUUACUGGCACAUCACUGCUGUGAACUGUCACACUGCUGACAACCGUGACACUGCCCAGGCACCCAGCACAGCUCAGGGGUACCUGAAUUCUGGAACAGCCCAUCAGUCACAUGUUAAUUACCAAAGCUUAUCCUGUUAGGCAUCACACUCAUGCUCUGAAGGGAGGCCCAACAGCACCACAGUGUUUAGAAAUGCCCCAAAAGCUUUAUUGUAAGAGCAGCAUCUUUUAAGUUUUGAAUUUAAGUUCCUUUUAACCAAAGAGAUCCCUCACAGUAGGUGUGGUUGAUAGGUACUGCCAUGCCUGGAGCUCAGCUGGGACCAGCUCUCACACCCGUGUUACAAGUGGGGCUGUGCCGUGUCCUCUUGCUGCUUUUAUAAAAUCCCUGUCUCAGCUGCCUGUGAUUGUCCCCCCUGUGCCAGCACUUGGACCCUGUUUGCUCUUGCCCCACCACAGCCAGUAGUGACCAGUGUUGUGAUGAGGGCAGAAUUGGGCCAGUGCUGUGACUGCCACCACAGCAGUGCCCAGGCUGGGUGUUCCUGUGAGUGCCAGGAGUUUGUGCUGUGCCAGGCACUACUGGCUGGAAACACCUGGAGUGUGGAAUAAUUUAA